AUGGCGGAGCCCCUGAGCCCCUGCACCCCACGGGGACAGUAUCAGGCCAGCGUGGGCACCAACACCUCGUCGCCCAGUGUGGACACCAACACCUCCUCCGCACUGGUGGGUGGCAGUGCGUGGAGGGGCUGGGAGCCCUUCUCCAUUUUCACCAUCUUUGUCCUGACCCUGAUGGUGCUCCUGACCAUGGCCACCUUCCUCUGGAACCUGCUCGUGCUGGCGACCAUCCUGCGAGGGAAGGCUUUCCACCGGGUGCCCCACAACCUAGUCUUGGUGAGGGAGCUGUCGGCUGGGCGGCGAUGGCGGCUGGGUCGGGAGCUGUGCCUCAUGUGGGUCUGCUUCGACGUGCUGUGCUGCACGGCCAGCAUCUGGAACGUGACUGCCAUCGCCCUGGACCGCUACUGGUCCAUCACCCGCCACCUGGAGUACACGCUGCUCACUCGCCGCCGCAUCUCCAACGUCAUGAUCGCUCUCACCUGGGCCCUCUCCGCUGCCAUCUCCCUUGCCCCCCUCUUCGGCUGGGGGGAGACCUACAGCCCUGAGCAGGAGCGCUGCCAGGUCAGCCAGGAGCCUUCCUACACCAUCGUCUCCACCGGCGGGGCUUUCUACCUGCCCCUCUGCGUGGUGCUGUUUGUCUACUGGAAGAUCUACAAGGCGUCCAAGUUCAGCUUGAGGGGCUGCAGGAAGAACGCCGUGGUGCCCCUGCCCGAGGCUGCCCAGGUGAAGGAAGCUUCGCAUGAACCACAGAUGGUGUUUACAGCUCGUCAUGCAGCUAUCACUUUCCAGACAGAUGGAGAAACAUGGAGAGAACAGAAAGAGAAAAAGGCAGCUCUGAUGGUUGGCAUCUUAAUUGGAGUUUUUGUACUGUGCUGGAUCCCUUUCUUCAUCACAGAAUUAAUAAGUCCUCUCUGUUCCUGCAACAUCCCCUCCAUCUGGAAAAGCAUCUUCCUUUGGCUUGGCUACUCCAAUUCUUUCUUUAAUCCUCUCAUUUAUACAGCAUUUAACAAAAAUUACAACAAUGCCUUCAAGAACCUUUUUGUAAAGCAGAGAUAA